AUGUUGAUGGAUGGGCGGAUGUGUUUUCCCUGUCUUGUUCCAGUUGGAGGAGGGACAGCAGGAGCAGUAUUAGCAUCAAGAUUGACUGAAAAUCCGGAUUGGAAGGUCUUGGUCCUGGAAGCUGGUGGAGAUGAGACAGAGUUGUCUGAUGUGCCUGUGAUUGCCCAAUACAUGCAACUGGGGAACCUGGACUGGCAGUUCAAGACUGAGCCCCAGCCUACUGCCUGUAGGGCUAUGAAGCAUUGGAGGUGCAAUUAUCCAAGAGGGAAAGUUCUUGGUGGGUCAUCUGUGCUCAACUACAUGCUUUAUGUGAGAGGGAACAAGAAGGACUAUGACAAUUGGGCACUGCAUGGAAACUAUGGAUGGAGUUUUGAAGAAGUGCUGCCUUACUUUAAGAAGUCUGAAGACAACCUGAACCCUUACAUUGCAAAGAACAAGAAGUACCACAGCACAGGGGGAUAUUUGACUGUCACAGAGCCUCCCUACAGGUCUCCACUUGCUGUGGCUUUGGUGGCUGGGGGAGUGGAAAUGGGCUAUGAAAAUGUGGACUUUAAUGCAGAAAGACAGACAGGGUUUUCUUUCCCUCAAGGGACUUUGAGAAGAGGAGCCAGGUGCAGUGCAGCUAAGGCAUUUCUGAGACCUGUGAGACUUAGGCCUAAUCUCCAUGUUUCCCUGAGGACAUUUGUCCACAAGGUAUUGAUUAAUGGCCAGAAGAGAGCUUGGGGAGUCAAGUAUGAAAAGAAUGGAGAAGUCAGGGUUGCCAAGGCAAGGAAGGAGAUUAUUGUGCAUGUUAUUCAAGACCUGAAGGUGGGGUAUAAUCUUCAGGAUCAUAUUGGCAUUGGGGCAGCCACUUUUGUGGUAAAGAAACCUGUUGGAUUAAUCCAGCCAAGGUUUGAGAAUGUGCCAACCAUUCUCAAGUAUGCCUUAUUUGGCAAAGGUCCCUUGACUUCCAUGGGAGGCAUUGAAGGUUUAGCAUUCAUCAACACCAAAUAUGCCAAUGCCUCAGAAGACUGGCCAGACAUUGAAUACCACUUCACAUCUGGGACAGCUGCCAAUGAUGGUGGAAGGCAAAUCAGAAGGAUUCAUGGGCUUAAUGACAGGACAUGGCAUGAAUACUUCAAACCAAUUGCAUUCAGAGACACCUGGUCAGCUUUCCCAACACUACUCAGGCCCAAGAGUAGGGGUCUGAUCCGCCUGCGGAGUAAAAAUGUCCAUGAUUACCCAUUGAUUUACCACAACUACCUCACACAUCCAGAAGAUGUGGCAAGGCUUGUGGAAGGGUUGAAGAUGUCAGUGGUCUUGUCAGAAACAAAGGCUUUCCUGAAGCUGGGCAGUGCUUUCUAUGACAAGAUGUUCCCUGGUUGUGAACACACCCAGUUCUUCACUGAUGCUUACUUUGAGUGCCUUGCAAGGCACUACACUGAGACUAUCUAUCAUUUUUCUGGGACUGCAAAAAUGGGCCCAUAUUGGGACCCUGAUGCAGUUGUAGACCCUGAGUUAAGAGUUUAUGGUAUUCAGGACCUGAGGGUUGUGGAUUGCUCAAUCUUCCCUGAGAUCCCCUCAGGGAACACAAAUGCUCCAGUGAUCAUGACAGCAGAGAAGGCAGCUGACAUGAUCAAGGUCAGAUGGGGCUACACCAAGGACAUAAUUGAUAUUCAUCACUCAAGUAUAGGAGAAGACACAGGUUAUGGUCAUAAAAGAGGUUGA